AUGACAUCCCAAACUGUACUGUCCAACUCUUCGCAACCGUCAAUAGGUCAGACGGCGGACAAGGGUGCCUCUAGGGGCAACGAAGAAAACAUGACGGAGGUUCAUGAUCCCAGCCACUACCACUCCGCGAUUGAGGCAGCAGAAGUCGAUGACGAAGAAAUUGACGACGGUCGAUAUCUAGAGUUACUGUUCGCCGAGACAGCUACGGAAGAAUCAGCGGAUGCAAUACCCACGGCUGGUUCGUCCGGACAGGCGAAAGCAGAGGAAGCCAUGCCAACAAAGGAAGAUGUGAAGGUCGAGGAAACAUCGAUGAAAACGAAGAAAAAACGUCAUUUCUCCAAUACCGAAGACCAGACGAUCAAAGUCAUGCAGAAGGACCUGGACGACCUAAGGUUCGGUUUCACCUACUUGUCUCGAAGGAAGAUUGGAGAAAGUUCAACAGGGUUGCCCCUACGACAUCAGGUGCACUUUCUGUGA